UUUUUUUUUUAUCCUUUUUCUUUAUGGAAGAUAAGUUUUAUAUAUGAAAGUCAGAAUUACUCCUUGCACUGAAUGUCGUAAAUAUCGUCGAAAAUGUAUACGUGAUAAUCUAAGCAAUCGAUGUACAAGAUGUAUAAAGUUCGAUAAAGCAUGUGUUCAGCCUAUAAAGAAUGGAAAUGGAAACUCUUCUCUUUUAGAUGAUAAAGAUGAUCUUGAUCUAGUAGAUUUAAAACAUAAUGUACAACAAUUAGAACAAGCAAUUCAACAAUUUGAAAAUCAAUUAAAUCACCUUCGUAUGAUUCGCAAUAACGAUAAUUCGAAGAGACAUGAUGCUUUAUUAGCAGAUCCUAUGAUACAAAACUUAUUUUAUCAAUGGAAGUUCAAGAUCAAAAAUGGUAUCUUUGAAAUUGAGACAGGCAUUCGAAAUGUGGGUGAUCUAUUAUCUUAUAACAAACAAUCUAUUUCAUAUCUAUCUCCUCUCAGCAGCAGCGGCAGCAGGAGUAGUAGUAGCAACAGUAAUGAUACUUCUUCAUUAAGUAGUAAAACGGACAUAUAUUGUGGCGAAUCAACUCUGUUAUUGAAUUUCAGCUUAAACAAUAAAGAAGGCACAACACCCUUUAUGUUUCGUUUGUUUGCUCAAUUUUUUAAACAUAGUAAUUUCAAAACUAAAGAUUCCAACGCAUUUUUACUGCCAAGAGCAUUUAUAUUCGAACCUUUCUUAGUUGUAAAUCAACUUGUUGAAAUCUAUUUCAAAUGUCUCAAUGUUUAUCACCCAUUUCUUCAUGAAGCAACAUUCCGAGCUAGAUUCCUUAAACUACAAAAUCCUCUGGCUGAUAUAGUGACUCUUUGUAUUUGUUGUAACGUUUGUUCCUCUGUUUGUAGGCAUGUACCUUACGAUGCACGUGACAAACGAAGCUUAGCCGAUUUCUUCUAUUCUAAUGCAAAAUCCAUUCUUUUGGAUCAAUUUGAUCAAAUUGAAAAGCGAUUAGAAAAUGUGAUAUGUAUCAACUUACUUAGUCAAUACUUGCACAUGACUAUAAGGUAUUUCGAAUAUCGACGGUUGAUUUCCAUGGCCUAUCAAAUCUGUCUUGAUUUAAAGGAUUACUACAACUUGAGCUCUGAACGUGUUUCGGAGAACAAUGAUCAUUCUUCUAUAGCUGAGAAUGCAAAACAGUUUACAACCAAUAUUGAUAAAACUUUAUUUAUUCGUCAUUUGACAAUAAUUAGUAUGCAACUACAAUUAAUAAAUUACAUUACAGGUGAAGCUAUUGAUGCAUUCAGUCUUUGCUUUCCAAGUUGGAAAUUUUUAUCAGAUGAACCAGAAUUCACCCAAAAGCUAAUGCAAUCACGAAAUUGGGUAUUAACUCUAUUUAAUCAUCCUUUCAUUAGUAAGUUUAUGGAACAACUAUGUAAUAUACACUUUGGGAAAACGUGUACACUUAGCUUUGAAUCAAUUGUUAGAUUAGAAGCUAUAUUUAAGGAGUGGGCAUCAACAUUACCAGACGAUUUUCGUAUAUGUGAUGAUUUGAAAGAUUUUGACAAGUGUAAAAAAGCCAUAGAUGAAACAUCUGAUUUAAUUUUAUUAAUAACAUUUCUUGGAUUCCAUUCAUUUCAUAUAAACUUUUAUGCCUAUCUUUUACAACCUAUUGCACACGGACCUAACGAGCAAAUACUCAAUUAUGUAGAACAAUAUUCACUUAAUCAAUCCCUUCAGAGUUGUUAUUUAUUAAAUUAUACAAUUCAACGAAUUUUUGCUUUGAAAAGAAAUCAAUCAGCAUGCGUUUAUGAAUGUAUUACUAGUCACUUUAUAUUUAGAGCAAUAGAUAUACUAGGAAUAUUAGCAUUAUCUUCUAAUCCAAACGUUACAAAAGCAGCAAGAGAAACUAUGAAAAUCUGUUUAAAUAUUAUUGAAACCUUUAAAUUUAUACAUGAUCUUCAUGCAUCCUCAAAAGUUCAGUUAAUAACAACAACAGGUAUACAUGAAUUUAUUAAUGGCAGUGUAGUCGAUCUAGAUCAUUAUAGUCAAUACCCAUAUCCAUGGAUUGCACUAAUAUAUGAUGUGAGUUAUUUUAUCGGUACGACAUAAGAAAUAGGUGUAUAUGUAUGUGUAUUUGUAUUUGUAUAAAAGAAGAGUCUAAAAAAAAAAGCAAUUUCAUUGUCAUUACAAGCAAAAUUAUAAAGAUAAAAGCAACUUUUUGAACUAGGAAUUUAUUAAAAUUUGGUUAUUCUUGUCAAUAUAUAAACUCCAUCACUUUGUAUAUAGCAGCAGAAUAAUCGCCUCCUUCUCUCCCCUAUUGUUUAAUAAUAAUAAAU